AUGAAGAACAGAGUUCCCAACGAAUUCUGCAGCCAGGACUGGAAGAGCAUAGAAAAGGGCAUCAAGAAAGAAAAGUGGGGUCACAAGGUCGAUGAAGACAAGGCACGCGAAGUCUGUUUCAAAGCAUCCUGGAUCAUUAGUAUGUUGCACGACGGCAUUGGUGUGCCAAGAGUCGGAAUAGAGGGUCUGGAAGGCAGCCACAAUACCACCAAAGCCGUACUCGACAACGCAAAGGCAAAAGGUUUUACGGAUCCUUUCCAGGCAGUCAACAAGAUCAACGACAUCGAACUCAGCUGGACACUUGGAAAAAUGGUUCUCUACGCCUCGAGUGAGAUCCCACCGCCCUCGGAAGAAGCCCUGGCAGUGGGCUUUGGCUCCAACGCUCCCGGUAUCCCAGAAGACUUCCAAUAUCCCGGCGGCAUCCCGCUGCCCUACGAGUCCGACAGCAACUGGCACCGGCUGUUUAUCGAGAAUCCCAGCCGGAUCCCAGGCUUCUUCAUGAUGAUUAUCAUUUUCAUCGUCAUCUUCUGCCUCAUCCUCGGCAAGCAACGCCGCAAGGCAGCCAAACAAAGCAUUACCAGAUUCUUCAAACCCAGACAAGGCAAAGACCCACUGCAUCGCCGCCGCGGCCGCAGCUUCCCCGCCAAACUCUUUGGCCUCGGUUCCUCCUCGUCCUCCUCUUCGACCCAACAAGCCUACGAGCGCAUCGACCUCGAAGACGGCACCGACCCCGCCAACCGCUUCGAGCUCCAAGAAGCCUACCUCGACUCCUCCUCGGACAACGACCUCUCCGACUCGUCCUCCAACGCCUCGAAACUCGGCCGCACAAGCGGCUGGGCCACGCCGCAAAUCAAAACUGACGCCCUCGCCACUCCCACCACCUAUUUCGGUCAUACCCCCGCCGAAUUGCUCAGGGAAGGCUCCGGCUUGGGUCUUGGGCCCCCGACCGCCUUCGAGCUUACGAGGACGGUUAGCCGUGAGCGCAUCAAGAGUCGUACGAGUAGCCCUAAGAGGGGCAAGACCGGAAUGAGUAAACUUGAUGAAUGA